GGCAGUCUGUAUUUGUUUAGCGGAGUUUGUGUGAGAACUGUCAACAGCACGUUGCGGAAUCAUCAAAAAAAAUGGCUGAAAGUGAGAAUAAAAAACCAAUUAAAAAAACAUAUACGGACGCUGAGCGUUUGGAACUUGCUGAAAAAUUAGAUGCCGAAUUAGAUGACUAUAUAAAUAGUUUAGAAAAGAAAACAUACACCGAAGGGUGGCCAGAAGAUCGAUGGCAAGAAGAGAUGGAAAAACAUCCCUUUUUUAUGAAAAAUAGUCCCAGUCCAGGAGAGAAGCUUUCACCAUUAAUGGAAGGCUUGCAGCAACUUAAAUAUAGUACAGAUGAAAAUACUGCCGAAGAAUUAGCGAAUAAUUACAAAGAUGAUGGAAAUUUUAAUUACAAAUAUAAGAAAUAUCGAUUGGCAAUUCUUGCAUACACUGAAGGCAUUAAAACAAAAUGUAAAGACACAGAUUUAAUGGCUCAACUUUACAAUAAUAGAGCAGCCGCAAAUUUUAUGUUACAAAAUUAUCGAUCAAGUUUGAAUGACUGUAAACAGGCUUUAAAAUUAAAACCACAAUAUACAAAAGUAUUGAACAGAGCUGCACAUUGUUAUCUUAAAGUAAAAGAUUUUACUCAAUGUCUUGAAUUUUGUGAUCAAAUAUUGAAGGAAUCUCCAAACGAUAAAUCAAUUAUUGAUCUAAAAUCACAAGCUAUAAAAGAUAAGAAACAAUGGGAGAGAGAUUUGAGAAAAGAGAAACUUAGGGAGAAAAAAAUUGAAAAACAGGAAGAUAAAGUUCUACAAAUUAUUGCCAAUAGAAAUAUUAAGUUGAAUUCAAUGAAGAGUAGAGGUAUCGUAAAUUUAAAAGAUUUAGAACCUCAACUUCCCCAAAUUGCUCAGAAUGUAGUUCAUUUGGAUGACAAUGAGAAAUUAAUUUGGCCAGUUAUGAUUCUUUACCCGGAAGUAUUCCAAACUGAUUUCAUUCAAAAUUUCCAUGAAGAUUCUACAUUCGAAGAACACCUUCAGGAACUAUUUGAAAUUUCUCCCCCAUGGGAUGGAGAUAAGAAAUAUAAUGUUAAAAGUGUCAAUGUCUAUUUUGAAGGACAUAAUAAAAUGAGUAUAAACAAAGUUGAUAUACGUAAAACCUUGUGCGAAAUUUUACAAAAUGAAAGAUUCAUCAUUCAAGGAGGUACACCAUCAUUCUUGAUAUUGCUUGCAAAUAGUGAAGCUGAAAAAAAACUUUUAUCCAAUUAUUGAAAUUAUUUUAAAUUUUUCCAUUGCAACAAUUUUUACCAAAAGCAAUGUAACAGUACACAUUUCAAAAUGAUAAAUGUGUGUAAAUUAAUUUUAUAGUCAAUUGAUUUGACAGCAAUAAAUUUUAAAGUGAAAAUUGAA